AAAUAAAUCAAUUGUAGCCGCUAAUUUAUGGGGAACUUGUUCAAGCUCCGCUUCCAGUCCCAGUAAUGGAGACCAGAAGCCAUAGAUUUUUCACUUGAAAGCAACAAAAUCAUGGCCUCCAAUUUCAUUACUGCGUUUCAUUGCCCGAAUCCACAUCCUUCUUCUUCUUCUUCUUAUUCAAAUCUGCAGCAGAAUACAUCGCUCAUUUUGAAGUUCCAUUCUCGUUGUUCAUCUUCUUCGAGAAAAUUCGCUGUUUCAGAGGGCGCUGAGGGUAGAGUUCAAGAUGAAGAGCUUCUCAUUUCGUCUUCUUCUGGAGCAUCUUCUUCUGCACGCACACAGCUUGAUCUCUUGGAGCAACUCUCUUCCGGUAGCCAAUUAGUUGAUGGUUAUGAGAGUGAUGGCAAUUACCAGAGAACUACAAUCCGUGAUCAGCUUGCACAAUUGUUCAGAGACAGAGACGACGAUUUUAGCAUUCCGUUGGGUAAGAACUUGAAGAAGGUUAGUGCCAAGUUUUUGACAAUUUCACAGAAGAGGAACAUCAAAAGACAAGAAUACUUGAAUGAAGUAUCACAAAGGAAUGAUUCAGUUUUCUUUGCUACAGUUGGAGCAUUUGUAAUUCUGCCACCUAUUGUAAUAUUAGGUAUUGCUAUACUGACUGGUUAUGUGCAACUUUUUCCGUGAUAUGCUGUUUAUACAAACAUCAUAUAUAUAUAUAGAAGUGGUAAUAUCUUGAUAUCCUUAA